UGAUGCUUGGUUCCCUUUUAACAUUUCUGGAGCUGAUUUUUGUUUGUAGAAGGCUCAGAAUUUGAGCUUUGGGAAUGUGGAGAGACAUUUUCAAAGUAAGAAACUUAUGGUUUCUGACUAUGGCUAAAGAGAAAUAAUUAAAUAUUCAAAACACAAUGAAGAGUCAGUUUCUGCUAAACAAUAGAAAUUUCUUUCAGGCUGGACCAUUAACCAAAGUGAAGAUUUGUGAGGACAAAGAAGGAAAACCUAAGUCUUUUGGCUAUGUCUGCUUUAAACACAAAGUAUCAGUGCCUUAUGCAAAAGCUCUGCUGGAUGGAAUCUGUUUGUAUGGAAGACCAAUUACUGUGCAGUAUUGGAGAGGGAGCUCUCCCUCACCAGAACUAGACAGUUGUGCAGAUGGUUUUGAACACCAUAUUGACUUAGAGUCUCUUGCAGAAAGGCAUCAAGAGCUUUCUGGAAAUUCUCCAUUUCCUGUUACCCCUUUGCCAGUGAACAACAGUUUACUUCAUGAUCACCCUGGCUUUCAAGAGAAUCAAGACUGCACGGAGUUACCCUGAAUUUGCCACAUCCAAGUGACUGUGAAGUGCACCAAGCAGGAUGAAAGAAAGAGAAAAUGGCAAAGUUGUGACAAUUACUAGUACUGAAGAUAAUAAAAGGAGACAAAGACAGUGUGGCCAAAACUGGGGAAAAAAAAACCCAAACCCCAAGAAAAAGACAUCUUAAUACUGUAUAUUUUUAUUAUUAUAUUUGCUUUCAUCUUUGAACUUUAUUAAAGAAGGAAUGUUCCAGAUUCUUAGUAUUUUUGAAAUGCAUUAUGCAUACAAACUUAGAAUAUCCUGAGGCAGAAGGGUCAUGGAAUCCAGCUGGACCCGAACCCUCCGUGUUGUCCCCCUUCCCAUCCCCUCCCAGCACACCAGCCCCCUGGGGAACA